AAGGUGGUAGGUUUGUUUACAGCCACACAGGCAUGGUACCCGGGAUCUGAUCACUACUGGCCACUAAACGAAAUAAGAUACAACCAAGUGUAUGAUCACAGGUACUUUAACGGAUGGUGGAAUGGGUAUAUCAGAGGUAACGAACAACUAAUUACUGCCUCACUGAAUCUUUGAUACUUCUUUCAAUCGAAGCGAAAAUGAGCUGGUCUUGAGAUUUGCCAACAAAUGUCAGAAGAGUCUAUUCAAUUUCAAAAAUAUUGUUCUGAUACGACAGUAAUGAUUAGUAUCAAAAUUCUCUUCACGAAGUCAGUUAAGUUCUGAUCGCUUCAUUGUUUUCUGAUUAACACAGGUAAUGCCGAGAUCACAUGGUCUUCACCUCAAAUCGGCCUAGAUCUAUAUGGUCCAGAUACAUGGAUUGACUUUGGUGUUAGAUACAACUCCUGUUAUGUGGACGUGAAAUAUUGCAACCAAACUGGUUUUAGCGUUGCAUUUUGGGUAGCUUUCCAAGAGUCUUCGACUUCGCACGGUUUAAUCGAAUUUGGAAGUGGUGAUUGCGGGCUCAGCUUCGCCCGAACACCUGAAAAUGAGAUAAAUGCAACAAUUAAAAGCAUGGAAUUAAACAUCACUUGGAGUUUGCAAAGCGUAAAUGCAAGUGUUCGUCACGGAAUGUGGCACCAUCUGGCACUGACCUGGAACGCUUCUGGUGAAGCACAUCUUUUUAUCAAUGGCACAAGGUACGCGAGUCUCAUUGCUUUUGGCUUGAAAUUUUUCGACUGUCACCUUUCUUGGUCAAGCAGUAACCAGAAGUGUAUUAGGCCUCGGGGCUUGACAUAAGGUGGCCGCUACUGGAGUCUAAAACUUUUGCAUACUAUUUCAUGCGCAUAACAUUUCGCUUAAAAAGCGAUGAUGAUCAUUACUAGGAAAAUUAUUUUUGUAGUUGAGCAUUUGCACACCUGGGUGAUUUGUUUGACCAGAUAAAAAGAGGGAGAGGCAAAUUUUCGUUUGGUUUAAUAUUAAUUGGGGGAGUAUCAAAUUACAAACAACAUUAAGGGUUUCCUCCUCUGAUCUUGACGGAAAAUAUGCCCCAUUCGAUCAAAACCCUCUCGAAUGCGAGUGCAAAAUUUGGAAACGUUUCCCUGAGGAAGGGGUAUAUUGAUUUAAGGGCAUAGCAGUCGGUAUUCUAACUCCGGAGAAACGUGAGCACACGGAUUAAGGUCGAUCGCGCAAUCUUAUUAGGCAAAGAGUGCUAUGCUGCCGCAAUAGACGACUGUCAACUGGAUUGCUGGGCAGGAAAUGGUUUAUCUUUUUCAAUGACUGGGAAAAAAAAAGCUUAAACUGGUUCUCCGUCUCUUUUUAAUAGAUUGAACAAUGUAACCAAGCUCACAAUUUCUCAUGUCUCCUGUUCUCACUCAAAUUGCACGUGUGAUUGGUCAAUGAAAGCCGGUAACGUGCCAACUUUCCGCAACUCAAGUACCCAAUCAUAUCCGUCCUUGUUGCUCGCCAGGUUGGUUUUAUGGCAUUAUGCUGUUAAUAAUGAAACAGUUCUCAAUUCAUCGCGAGGUGUACAAGGUAAGAGACUUUUACUUGAGUCAAGCAAAAUGUUUCAAAGUUUGGUUCUUUAAAAUAACUGGUAUUUAACUCCGAAACUUUAUUGCAAGAUACAACAGAUCAGUGUAAGUUGGGUCAAAGCUUUUUUAAUAAAUAAGAAUUUAUGCCACAUGAGUGUAGAAACGAAUCACAACCGAGUCCAAUAAAUAUGUAACUUAUCAAUGUGAUGAUAUUUUGGUAUUGUUGUUGAUUAUUUUUAUUAAAUCAAAGAUUGUCUUGAAAUAAAUGAAAACCUACGUUGCAAAUUCUGUUGAAAAUUUGAUGUGUCACGGAUACUUGAGAGAGGUCUUGAAAUUUUCUUUUAGGAUUAUUUCUCUCGAACAGAGGGUGCUACGGCCGUUGGAUUGCUAACUUACAAUUUUGCUACUUCAUCCCACCUAAUUCUGAAAAGACGUGGUACGAGGCGAGGGAAAGUUGUGUUAAAAAACAUCGAGGAAAUCUAGUCAGCAUUGGGAGCUUAGAGGAAGACAAUUUCUUGGAGGAUGUGCUGCUGCAGACUGGAAAUGUAUCAAGUUGUAUGUACAUUGGACUGCAGACUGGUCGUGUAGGCUUAACACCGUCUUGGGUAGAUGGCAACUUUUGGAACUUCUCAAAACUCAGCUACGACCUGGAAAAUGGCACUGAUUUGUGCGCAUACCGAGGCUCGGAUGGUUUGUGGCAUCUAUCCAACUGCAGCAAGAAAUGUCGCUUUAUCUGUAAGAGAUAUAGAGGUGGGUCCUAUGAAACAAAACUACAAAAAAACUGCCCUAAUAUCAUUAAUUUUCUUGCCUUCUUUUGUUACCAAUCAAUGGUUGGCUGUGGUUACCUUGCAUCUCGUUGGAUGUGUUUUAUUUUUUGGGCGAGUUAUGUCUUCAGAUUCACAACCUGCGUGAUUGACUUCAUAGGAGUUGUCCGCAAAUAAGACGCAAAAGCUCUGAAAAGGAGGUAAUAGUAACUUGCUUCCUGAUUUUCGCGGCUCCAUGGCAUCUAAGUUCCUAUAUUGAAAAAUCAGCUUUGCGGAUAUUAGCCACACGAAUGUGCUGUUGCUGUUGCUGUUGCUGUUGUAUCAGAAGUAAACCGAUGAAGAUUAUUAUCGGCUUGGGAUGUAUUCCAGAGCGGAAGAAAGGAAACCAAAUCCAGUCGUGGGUAACUUUUGCCCUUAACCCUUUUACCCCUACAAGUGACAAGCAUUUAAAUUCUCCUUACAAGAUCACCCCUAAAUCAAACAUUGAGGUCACAAGAAUAAAGAAAAUGAUCAUCAACUAUUAAAAAGUUCUUAAUUGUUAAACAAAUUCUCCUUGUCAGCACCUUACGAUUUGUGUAGAGAACAGUAUAGAGAAUAUGCAUACUGAUGUUAGGGUGUUAAGGGUGUUAAUUUCUCUUUAUGGACCAAACUUUUCAUCCCCUAAUUUUCUUUUAUUUCCUUAGGUGGCUUAUUCAAAAACGCCGAAUUUCGUUGUCGAGAGAGAAGAUACAACCGCCAGCUCGUAGGACACCGCUUGUCCAUACGAUGGGUGCUGAGUGAGCUGGAUUGUGCAAUGGACUGCUUGAUUUAUGGCUCAACAUGUGCAUCAUACAACUAUAAACAAAACGACUCGUCAUCAAGUAAGCAAAAUAUCUGCGAGCUUAACGACGCAAAUCAGCACAAAAAUCCCGCGAGUCUGAUCUACAGUAGAGGCUUUCAGUACUGCGAAAGAGUGUCGUAA